CCUUUCAGAGCCUCUGAAACUGGUAGAUUAGCCAGGAGCAAUGCCCCGGACCCCCACAAGACUAAUCAGCCCCUAUGGCUCUGAUAGGUUGGUGCAGUUAGCUGCUAGGCUUCGGCCAGCUCUGUGUGAUACCUUGAUCACUGUAGGGGGCCUGGAGUUCCCUGCUCACAGCCUGGUGCUGGCAGGUGCAAGCCCAAGGCUGGGUUGCAGGGGCAGGUGGGCUCUGGUGGAAGGCAUCAGCCCUUCUACCUUUGCUAAGCUUUUAACCUUUGUGUAUGGAGAGAGUGUAGAGCUACAGCCUGAGGAGCUGGGGGACCUUGAAGAGGCAGCCAGAGCCUUGGGGGUGCAGACCCUGGAAGAGGCCUGCAAGCGAGCUCAAAAGGACAAGCAUGAAGAUGAGCUGGAUGGAGGCCGGAAGAGGCACCAGGUGGCAGCAGAGCUCGUCAGGAGUUCUGAGAGAGGACUGGGGGGUCCCGCAGAGAAGCAGGACCCAGAGAAGGAGUUUAGGAGUGAUGGGAGAGAACAGGAGAUGUUACCCAAGCGCAAAGCACCCGGAGAGAGCCCUGAGAGGGCAGGGGUAACUAGGAAGAUGAGAGCGGAGGAGGCCCGCAGCCCAGCCCCCGUGGGCCACAGGGGAGCAGAGAGGAAGCAAGGAGAGGCCGUAGAAGGUAUAGAGAGCCCUGAGGGCUCUGAGGAGUGUCUUCGCGGGUGCCCUGGUCCCCCCCUAACCAGCCUCAUCCCCAGGCCCUGGUGGGCUGAGGCCCCUUGGUUGGGAGAAGGCCAACCUGGCCUGUGGAGCAUCUUCCUGUGGCCACCCAGAUAUGACACCCCCUUGUCCCUUAGCACCCCCGUCACUGCAGCCUGGCAGGUCUGGCCUCAAGCGCAGAGGAUCCCACUGACCUUGAGCCACUCCAAAGGUCUCUGGAGUCAGAAUCAGCUGGCCUCCUCCAGCCCCACUCCAGGCACACUGGCAACCUGUGUGGGUCAGGAACGCACACUGAGCUGUCCACCUCACCCACACUCUCCUUUACCCCUUCCUGCUCGCUCUCGGCCCUACUCUUGCUCUGUCUGUGGAAAGAGGUUCUCACUCAAGCAUCAGAUGGAGACGCAUUACCGAGUCCACACAGGAGAGAAGCCCUUCUCCUGUAGUCUCUGUCCUCAGCGCUCCCGGGAUUUCUCUGCCAUGACCAAGCACCUGAGGACACAUGGGGCUGCUCCCUAUCGCUGCCCUCUGUGCAGGGCUGGCUGCCCCAGCCUGGCUUCCAUGCAGGCUCACAUGCGUGGCCAUUCGCCCAGCCAGCUGCCGCCCGGAUGGACCAUACGCUCCACCUUCCUCUACUCUUCCUCGAGGCCGGCAAGGGCCUCGAUCUCUCCCGGGAGUCCUACCUCCUCCUCUGCCACCUGACCGGGUGUUGGUAGCUACUCUGGCUUUGACAAGCGUCCAACCAAAAGAAUGAAAGGCAUACGGGCUCAGCCGCCCUGUAUUUAGGGUUGCUUGGCAAAUGUGACUGCGGAAGCGCUGCGGGACAGGAACCACGAUGAGCGAGUAUUGCAGAAGUCUUGGCCGGCUGACGAGUCCGAGUUAAAUACAUUUAAGUUGGCUGGAGUGAAGAUUAACUGGGGACUAUCAAUUUCAUCACUAUAAUAAAGAGUUUCCUGU